ACAAAACAACACAGUGUUGUAUAAAGUUCAUGAUUGCCGUGAUUGCUGAGUCAAACAAUUUUCUUAUUCGACGCAAACAAGUUCAAUCUUUCUAAAAUUGUUUAUAAAAUAUUCAUUUAUCUAUAUGUGAAGUGUGAACGUUAUCUUCAAUUAAUUAAAGCAUAACGACAACAAAAAAAGCAGGAAACAUUGUCUGCGGGAGAAUUAUGAACGACCCAAAGGUCAGUGUAAGCUUUUCCUGCCAGCGAUGUCUACAGCCGAUCCAUGUAGAUGACUCCUUUGCCGCUCUUGGGGAACAUACGCUGGCCGAAUUGGCACUUCCCAUCAAUUCCCAUAUCGAGGUGGAUAUUGAGUCACAAUCGGCCAGUUUGGAUCACUUCGUGCCACCGUUCCGAUUCGCUGAAAGUAGUGGAAAUGAUACCAAUGGAUUUAUGCUCCUAUCGGACGGGCCAGAUCGCGAAUCACUCAGCCAGAAUUUGCGGGUGAAGGCCGAACUGUUCGAUGCGUUAUCCAGCAAUUCCGAAAUUGAUCAUCCGUUGUGUGACGAGUGCACUGACACUCUACUGGAGCUGAUGGAUAAACAGUUGAAAAUGGCCGAGGACGAGUGGAAUGAUUAUAAUAACUAUCUAAAGAAGUUGGAGAUGACCGAUGAUGUGCCGAACAUCGAUCUACUCGAGAAGGAAUUGGUAGAUCUGAAAGAUGAGGAGGAACGACUGCUGCAGGAGCUGGCGGAAAUGACUCGCGAGGAAGAUGCUAUAAAGCUAGCAGUGAAAGAGCAGGAGACAGAAAAACAACGAUUAAGUAACGAGGAGGAAAAAUACUGGCGGGAAUACACUAAACAUCGACGGGACGUUAUAACCACCGAAGAUGAGUUUCGAUCACUCGAAUGCCAAAUGACCUACGCUCAGGUCCAGCUAGAUAAGCUUAAGAAAACCAACGUGUUUAAUGUGACGUUUCACAUCUGGCACUCUGGUCACUUCGGGACAAUCAACAAUUUUCGGCUAGGUCGGCUGCCCUCGGCUCCCGUCGAUUGGUCUGAAAUAAACGCUGCAUGGGGACAGACCUGCCUACUGCUGUCGGCACUGGCGAGGAAAAUGAACUUAACCUUCAAAAAUUAUCGGUUAGUACCGUACGGUAAUCAUUCGCACAUCGAAGUAUUGGGCGAGGCCAAAGAACUUCCGCUCUACGGAAGUGGAGGUUUUCGCUUCUUCUGGGAUACAAAAUUCGAUGCUGCGAUGGUGGCAUUUCUGGAUUGCCUGCAACAGUUUAAAGAGGAGGUCGUGAAAAAAGAUCCGGAUUUCUGUCUGCCCUAUCGGAUGGAGAAAGGAAAAAUCGAGGAUUCGGCUACAGGAAACAGCUAUUCGAUAAAGAUCCAAUUUAACUCCGAGGAGCAAUGGACAAAAGCUUUGAAAUUUCUGCUGACAAAUCUGAAGUGGGGUUUAACGUGGGUGUCCUCUCAGUUCACCGACGAUAAGCACUAGUCCGGUUGUGCUUGUUUAAUAAAUCGUGAGCACAUGUAUUUAAGUUUGAAGAUGUAUAUUUUACGCGUAGAAACUUGUUAAUAAAAUUCAAUAUAGAAGUUCGAAAAAUA